AUGAGCACGACGGAGUCAAAGCCGCCUAAACGAACAAAACUUCAAAAGUUUCUCGUCGACCUAUCUGUUGGCGGUGUUUCAGCAGCAAUUUCAAAGACUGCAGUCGCUCCAAUUGAAAGGGUCAAAUUAUUACUUCAAGUUCAAUAUUCUCAUGGUGAUAUUUUGAAGACAAAACAGUACAAGGGAAUCAUCGAUGUGCUAACUCGUAUCCCAAAAGAACAAGGAGUCUUGUCAUUUUGGCGCGGAAAUGCCAUUAACGUUUUGAGAUAUUUUCCCACGCAAGCGUUAAAUUUUGCGUUUAACGAUUUUUAUAGAAGCGUUUUACUUUCGGGGCUCGAUAUGGAACAAGAUUUCUGGAAAUAUACCGCUUUGGGUCUAGUAGCUGGGGGUUGUGCUGGAGCGACUUCGAUGUGCUUCGUUUAUCCACUAGAUGUUGUUCGUACUCGUCUUACAGCUGAUAUUGGAAGAAGUGUGGAAUCUCGUAGAUAUAAGGGUUUUGUCGACUGUUUCUCAAAAACUGUAAAACAAGAUGGAGGAUUUACUGCCUUGUACCGUGGUUUCUUCGUAUCCCUGCAAACGUAUUUCAUCUAUAGAGCUGUCUAUUUUGGAUUAUAUGAUGCUAUUCGAAAUCAUGUUUUUUCGGAUCGAAAGAAUAUCCAUUUUGUCGAGUCUUUUCUGAUUGCUCAGCUAGUAUCCAUAUGCUCAUCGUAUUUGGUCUAUCCAUGGGAUACUAUUCGCAAUCGGAUGAUGAUAAAAAAGGAUGGCGAGGAUUUUACAAGGGUGCUCUUGCAAAUCUAUUUCGUGCCACUGGCGGAGCAUUGGUCAUGGCCAUAUACCACGAGAUUCAGAAGCAUGUGGGAGAAGCGUCUAGCUUGUCAACUCCUUCACUUCAUUGAUGCGCGAUGUAAAAUGUUUUGUUAUCUACUCAUCUUAACAAUAUGUAUGCAUCAAAUCAGUUGCCGAAACCCAUUUCUCCUCAAGGGACAAGAGACACGAGCUGCCGCUUUUUCGGAAGAAGAAAAGGCUAAAGCACGCGAGUUGGCGCGAGAAAUGUUCUACUUUGGAUACGACAAUUACAUGGCACAUGCAUGGCCGUUAGAUGAACUGGAUCCCAUUCAUUGCACUGGACGAGGACCGGACACAGAACAUCCUGAAAACAUCAACAUCAACGAUGUGCUUGGAGACUAUUCGCUCACGCUUAUUGACUCGCUUGGAUCGUUAGUCGUAUUUGAUGAUCCAGAAGAAUUUCAGAAUGCUGUUCGAACAGUUAUUAAUACAGUGUCUUUUGAAAAGAACUCAACAGUCCAAGUGUUUGAAGCAACUAUCAGGGUAAUCGGAUCACUUCUCUCGGCUCACUUGAUCGCAUCAACAAAAAGUGGUUCAUUUUCUCGCUUUUCUGUUCCCGAUUAUGAAGGCGAAAUGCUCACCAUGGCACACGAUUUGAUGACACGCUUGAUGCCAGCUUUUGAGGGCACAAAAACGGGACUACCAUAUCCCCGAGUGAACCUUAUUAGAGGUGUCCUACCAGGGACAAUCAAUGAGACUUGUACUUCGGGUGCUGGAAGCUUAUUAUUAGGCAAUGUUAUUGAUAUACAAACUGGUAAAUGGCAAGGACAUUUAAGUGGUUUGGGAGCCGGGCUUGAUUCUUUCUACGAGUAUCUUUUGAAGGCUUACAUAUUAUUCGACGAGCCCCGGGACUUACAACUUUUCAAUGAGGCUUAUGCUAUCAUUUUGGAAAAUCUACGUCGUGGAAGAGUUUUUUGUCGGGGUGAAGGAGAACCUCCACUUUAUGUCAAUGUCGAUGCUCGAGAUGGAAGUACAGCCAAUACUUGGAUUGAUGCUCUUCAGGCUUCGUUUGCUGGUGUUCAAGUGCUAGCAGGAGAUGUAGAAGAAGCAAUUUGUCACCACGCUAUUUAUUAUGCUGUUUGGAAGAAAUAUGGUGCUCUUCCAGAACGUUUCAAUUGGCAUCUCAAAGCUCCAGACGUUUCAUUUUAUCCUUUGCGCCCGGAGUUGGCUGAAUCGACGUAUCACUUAUAUCAAGCGACGAAAAAUCCUUUUUAUUUGCAUGUUGGACGAGAGAUUAUGGAAAACAUCAAUUUGAGAACAAGAGUUGAGUGUGGUUUUGCUACGGUGCAUGACGUUUUUGAUGGAAGCUUAGAAGACCGAAUGGAGUCGUUUUUCCUUUCAGAGACAAUGAAGUACUUAUACUUGCUCUUCGACGAAAAUAAUAUUGUAAAUACUCACGGCGAACGGCUUUUGUUCACGACAGAAGGGCAUAUUUUCCCGAUUGAUGAGAGAUUUCGUAAACCUGCUCACCGCUCAAAGCUUGUGAUCUCUAAAAAGCAAGAGCCGAUACAACGUUUGGCUGGCCCAAAGACGCGUACGGUGAUGAGCAAUCAUCAUUUGGUUUCACCGGGGGCUCCACUUGUUGGUUACACAAGACCUGCUGGCAAUAUAUCGUGUGAGUCAACGUCUUCAAUUAGUCGACAUCAACCCCCGCUCCCUCUUUCUCUUUUUGCACAACUUUUCGAAACUAUAGGCAUAUCACAGUCAAUUGAAUACUGGUUUCCA